AUGGGUCACGAGUCCAAAAGAUGGUUUCACCCACACCUUUCUGGAUUACAGGCUGAAAAGCUUUUGAUGGAAAAAGGAGUUAGUGGUAGCUUUCUUGCAAGACACAGCCAUAGCACUCAUGGAAGCUUUACUCUAUCUGUUAGACGUGGUGAUGAAGUUACCCACAUCAGGAUCCAAAAUACUGGAGAUUUUCUCGAUUUGUAUGGUGGAGAAAAAUUUGCUACUCUUUCGGAGCUCGUUAACUAUUAUAUGGAGAAUGAGGGUCAGCUAAAAGAAAAGAAUGGAGACCACAUAGAACUUAAAUAUCCUCUUAUAUCUGAAGAUCCAACUACUGAACGGUAA